AUGGAGGCAGGAACUGUGUACCAGAACUCUCAGGCCGAUGGCUCGGAGCUCAGCCAAAGAAACGGCAGAGUUCAGGGCUCUGAGACAGGUGAGGCACGGAUGUUUGUCUCUGAUUCUCUAGCAGACGGCCACGAGCAUGAAAACGGAUUAGAAGAGGGCGACGAUGAAGACGCAGCGCUGGUGUCGUUUGUACCGCUGGACCGGCUCCAAGUGAACGGUAUCACUGCUCUGGAUCUGAAAAAACUGCGGGAGUUUGGCCUUCACACGGCAGAGGCAGUGGCGUACGCGCCUCGAAAACAGCUGUUGGAAAUAAAGGGCAUAUCCGAGGCCAAAGCGGACCGUUUGCUGAACGAGGCCGCGCGGCUGGUGCCCAUGGGCUUCGUGACUGCAGCAGACUUCCAUAUGCGCCGCUCAGAGAUGAUCUGUUUGACCACGGGUUCCAAAAACCUGGACACGCUGCUGGGCGGUGGAGUCGAAACGGGGUCUAUUACAGAGCUUUUUGGGGAGUUCAGAACAGGUAAAUCGCAGCUUUGUCACACCUUGGCGGUGACGUGCCAGAUCCCGCUCGACAUGGGCGGUGGGGAGGGCAAAUGUCUUUACAUCGACACAGAGGGCACGUUCCGGCCGAUCAGACUCGUCUCGAUCGCCCAGCGGUUUGGGUUGGAUCCCGACGACGCCUUAAACAACGUGGCAUACGCCAGAGCCUACAAUGCGGACCACCAGCUACGGCUGCUGGACGCUGCAGCGCAAAUGAUGAGCGAGUCGCGUUUUUCCCUCAUCAUCGUGGACUCGAUCAUGGCACUUUACAGAACGGAUUUUGCUGGACGUGGCGAGCUGAGUGCGCGUCAGAUGCAUCUGGCCAAGUUUAUGCGUGCUUUGCAGCGGCUUGCGGACCAAUUUGGUGCAGCUGUGGUUGUGACCAACCAGGUCGUUGCUCAGGUUGACGGUGCCAUGCCGUUCAACCCAGAUCCCAAGAAACCCAUUGGUGGUAACAUCAUGGCACAUUCCUCGACCACGCGGCUCGCCUUCAAAAAGGGCCGUGGUUGUCAGAGAAUAUGCAAGGUAGUGGACUCUCCGUGUUUGCCAGAGGCAGAAUGUGUUUUUGCAAUCUACGAGGACGGUGUUGGAGACCCCAGGGAAGAGGACGAGUAA